UAAGCUUUUUGUGCUCAUAAACUCAUAAUCAUUCUCAAAACACAAACACAAAAACAUCAUGGGACUGGUUAUGAGUUACAUGGGAGGCACAGGGGUUGAGGUUGCAAACAAGGGAAUGACUAUGAUAACAGGAACACUAUAUGAUAGGGUUAUUGAAAAGAGAAAAAUUGAAAAUUUUGAUGACUUUCACACUGCUAUUCUUGACAUCUUCAAUGCAAUCAACAUGGCUUUGCCCGGUAAGCAUUAUGAUGCACCGCCACAUGAUGAUAUAAAGAAAUGUUAUGAUGGAUGGAGCGAUGAAUCUGAUGAAGAUAAAAGGAAGGAAGCUUUCACCACAUUCAUCAAUGAGAAUGUGAAUCUGAGCAAAGCAGAUGAAUCUAUGAUGAUCACAGGGAUAGUGGCUCCACCAGUUGCCAUGGUAGUCAAGAAAACUGGACAAACUGUGCCUCAAUUGAGUGUGAUUAAAGCCAUCCCUGAUGUUGCAUUUGUUCCUGGAGCUACCAUUUUGGCUCUCAUUGCCAUUAAACUCACCAAAAGAAUGGCUUUCAAGAAUAUCCCUUCCAUAGAUCCAAAAGAGAAUACCCUUUAGCUUUUCCUUUUCAUAUGUAUAUGCAUAUAUAUCAUUCAUGUUUCAUGUGGUUUCCAAUGCAAAUAUUUCUCACA